GAUAUCACCUGUACACUCCACACGCCUUUCACGCAAUCAAAGGUCGGAGAGUCUGUUCCAGCUUCUGAAGGCAGUAUGAAGGUGUACAUUACGCUCUGCCUGAGCGUGUAUUUAUGCAAAGCUCUGGUGGAGAGUGACCCUGAUGCAAUCCUCGAGGACAAAGAUGUUCUAGUGCUGACAAAAAGCAAUUUCGAAUGGGCUCUUAAACAGCACAAGCAGCUAUUGGUCCAUUUCUAUGCGCCUGUUUCCGGCCAGUCCCUUGGCUCCAUCCUUGAGUUUAGAGAAGCAGCCGGUGCGCUGAAGCAAGCAGAGUCUGAUGUGAGACUGGGAGGAGUGGAUGUGAAAAAGGAAAAAGAUCUUGCUGCCUCCCUUAAUGUCACAGCAAUACCAUCACUACGGCUGUACCUGUCUGGAAACAAGAAUAAUCCAGUGUACUGUCCAGAUCUUAAGAGCUCUGCCACAAUCCUGACAUGGCUUAAAAGAAGAAAAGGGCUGAGCGCUGAUAUCAUCAGUAAUCUCACACAGUUGGAAAAAUUCGUAGGAGAAGAGGAGCUUGUGGUGCUUGGUUUAUUUAAGGAUCUUGAGGAAGGCAUGGUGAAAGUGUUUUAUGAAACAGCCGCUGACAUCGCAGACCUGCCCUUUGGAGUCACAGGAAAUGAUGAGAUCUUCAGCAAGUAUGAGAUCAGUGGAGAUACCGUUCUCCUCAUCAGAAAGUCUAAACCUGACGAGCAGUUUGAGAUGGGAAGCGGCACGGUGAAGACGGAUCUUGUUCAGUUUAUCAGACUGUAUGAGAUGGAACUUGUGACCGAGUACAAUGGCGAGACAGCAUCCAAGAUCCUGAACUCAGUGGUGCUGAACCAUUUCCUUCUGUUUAUUAAUAAGACUGAGGAAGGAUUUGAAGAGAUAUACCUUGCUUUUAAAACCACUGCGGAAAAACUCAGAGGGAAGGUUCUGUUUGUGAUGAUUGAUGUGAUUGAGCCACGGAAUGGCCGUGUUAUGGAGUAUUUCCGUGUGAGAUCAGAAGAAGUGCCUCAGAUCCGUAUGGUCAAUUUAUCAGACCACGUUCAAUACCAGCUGCCAUCUGAUAAGUUUGACACACAGACUCUUUUAGAGUUCUGCCUAAAGUACCUGGAUGGGAAAGCAAAGCCUAAACUGCAGAGCGAGUCAAUUCCUGAAAACUGGGACACACAGCCAGUGAAAGAGCUGGUCGGGAUGAACUUUGAAUUGGUGGCCUUCAACCAUAACAAAAACGUCAUUGUCUUGUUCUAUGCACCUUGGAGCAGCGAAAGUCAUGCUCUGUUUCCAUUGUGGGAAGAGCUUGCUGAACACUUUCGUGAAAAUGAAGAUGUUGUUGUUGCCAAGAUUGAUGUUACUGCAAAUGAUGUAAACAUUCAUCUAAGGGAAAAAUACCCAUCCAUCAAAUUCUUUCCUGCUGUUUAUUCAGAAAGGGUUGUGCCAUAUUCUGGCAAGAGGAAGCUGAAGCCUAUUGUAACAUUUAUGAAAAAAGAGAUUGAAAAAGCCAAAACGGACAAAGCCAAGGAGGAGGAACGGAGGAAGAAAUAUCUGAAUGAACAGAAGGCUGCUGUGAAAGAGGAACUCUGAUCACUCACUGUAAUCACAAGAACUAAAGCAGUUUUAUUGAUUUCUUCAAAACUACCAUUAACUCUUUCCAAUAUAUUAUUUUUUUGUAAUCAUGAAUGUAACAAGUAGUAUUUUCCAUAUGUACAUGUGUGAAAUCAAGACGCUAUAGUUAUAGCGCUGGCUGGAUACCCACUGAUACCAUGUUUAGGAUAUUAUUUUUCUGUACAGCAUAAGCCACUACAAUCUACUUUUAAAAGACAAUUGACACACACACACACUUAAUUUUCACUAGAGGGAGCCUCUGUUCCAAAGUGCUGCCUACACCCUAAACUGAUCAUUGGAACUUCAUAUUAACAUUAAAACAACUUUCAGGUCUCUGAGUGCUAUAUGUUGUAAUAUGAUCUUUUUCAAAGCACAUAUGGAAUCUAGUCAAGGAAUAUGACUGGUCAAAUUACUCUGUUCUUUAUCAAGAGAAAAACAUAUACACAAACAGACGUGGGAGUUUAACGUUUUUUGGUUUGAAUAUCGUUACACCACUAGUCAAUACAGCUAAAGAAACACAAAUUAUGUAGCCACAGUAAGAGAAAAUUUUUCAUGUAGAAUGAUGACAGUUCAUUUGUUUAAUAAAACGACAACUGAAUGAGAA